AGGGGGCCGCCAGGCCUUGUCCUUCCGCAGUGGCCGCGCGGGCAGUAGGGCGCUGCAGCCGCAGUCCCGGCCGCGCUGUUUGGUAAACAGAAGCCCCAGCGUGCCCGGAGCGUGCAACCCCUCGCUCGGCCCGGCCAGCCCCGGGCGUGAACCGAGCUGACGGAGGAUGGCAGCCUCCGGGGUGGAGAAGAGCAGCAAGAAGAAGACCGAGAAGAAACUUGCUGCUCGAGAAGAAGCUAAAUUGUUGGCGGGCUUCAUGGGCGUCAUGAAUAACAUGCGGAAACAGAAAACGUUAUGUGAUGUGAUCCUUAUGGUCCAGGAAAGAAAGAUACCUGCUCAUCGAGUUGUUCUUGCAGCAGCCAGUCAUUUUUUUAACUUAAUGUUCACAACUAACAUGCUUGAAUCAAAGUCCUUUGAAGUUGAACUCAAAGAUGCUGAACCAGACAUUAUCGAACAACUUGUGGAAUUUGCUUAUACUGCUAGAAUUUCUGUGAAUAGCAACAACGUUCAGUCCUUGUUAGAUGCAGCAAACCAGUACCAGAUUGAACCUGUGAAGAAAAUGUGUGUUGAUUUUUUGAAAGAACAAGUUGAUGCUUCAAAUUGUCUUGGUAUAAGUGUGCUAGCAGAGUGUCUGGAUUGUCCUGAAUUGAAAGCAACUGCAGAUGACUUUAUUCAUCAGCAUUUUACUGAAGUUUACAAAACUGAUGAAUUUCUGCAACUUGAUGUCAAGCGAGUUACACAUCUCCUCAACCAGGACACUCUGACUGUGAGAGCAGAGGAUCAGGUUUAUGAUGCUGCGGUCAGAUGGUUGAAAUAUGAUGAACCUAAUCGCCAGCCAUUUAUGGUUGAUAUCCUUGCUAAAGUCAGGUUUCCUCUUAUAUCAAAGAAUUUCUUAAGUAAAACGGUACAAGCUGAACCACUUAUUCAAGACAAUCCUGAAUGCCUUAAGAUGGUGAUAAGUGGAAUGAGAUAUCAUCUGCUGUCUCCAGAGGAUCGAGAGGAAUUGGUAGAAGGCACAAGGCCCAGAAGAAAGAAACAUGACUAUCGCAUAGCCCUCUUUGGAGGCUCCCAGCCACAGUCUUGUAGAUAUUUUAACCCAAAGGAUUAUAGCUGGACAGACAUCCGCUGCCCCUUUGAAAAACGAAGAGAUGCAGCAUGUGUAUUUUGGGACAAUGUAGUAUACAUUUUGGGUGGCUCUCAGCUUUUCCCCAUAAAACGAAUGGAUUGCUAUAAUGUUGUGAAGGAUAGCUGGUAUUCCAAACUGGGCCCUCCGACACCUCGAGACAGCCUUGCCGCCUGUGCAGCAGAAGGCAAAAUUUACACAUCUGGAGGUUCCGAAGUUGGAAACUCAGCUCUAUAUUUAUUUGAGUGCUAUGACACAAGAACUGAAAGCUGGCACACUAAGCCCAGCAUGCUGACUCAGCGCUGCAGCCACGGCAUGGUGGAAGCCAAUGGCCUGAUCUAUGUUUGUGGCGGAAGUUUAGGGAACAAUGUUUCUGGGCGAGUGCUGAAUUCCUGUGAGGUUUAUGAUCCUGCCACAGAAACAUGGACUGAGCUGUGUCCAAUGAUUGAGGCCAGGAAGAAUCAUGGACUGGUAUUUGUAAAAGACAAGAUAUUUGCUGUAGGUGGUCAGAAUGGCUUGGGUGGUCUGGACAACGUGGAAUAUUAUGAUAUUAAGUUAAACGAAUGGAAGAUGGUCUCACCAAUGCCAUGGAAGGGUGUAACAGUGAAGUGUGCAGCAGUUGGCUCUAUAGUUUAUGUCUUGGCUGGUUUUCAAGGUGUGGGUCGAUUAGGACACAUCCUUGAAUAUAAUACCGAGACAGACAAAUGGGUCGCCAACUCCAAAGUCCGAGCUUUUCCAGUAACAAGUUGUUUAAUAUGUGUUGUUGAUACUUGUGGAGCAAAUGAAGAAACACUUGAAACAUGAAAAGUGAAUGGACUUCAAGAUUUAUCGGAGACUCAAAAAUAUGGCCACCAGUGCUUUGUUCCAAGAGUUUGGUUACAAAGUUUUAGUUUGGUGUUUUGUUUUUUUAAAGGAAAUUUCAAGUAAAGUAAGAUCGCUAUGAAAUAGAUGUUUCUUUUAUAUGAAUUUCCUUAAUUCAAAGACCAUAUUUUAGCUGGCCACUUAACCAAGACAUAUCUAGCAAGAAAACUUGAAAAAUCAUAAGCAUUUGAUGAAAAUACGAAUUCUUGAAUGAAUUUUACAUUUGAAACUAUGAUUAUGGCAGAGUGGGGGAUUGGCUCAUCAGUGAAGCAGUCUCAUCUUAGCUCUAGAUUCUAUUUUCAUACAUCAUAGAAGUGCUAUGUAGUUAGGUCUGUUUGUUUCUGUUCAGUCAAGAACUAAGAAAUAGUAUGAAUUGUAAGUCAAAUCAGGCAACUCUGAUGAAGCAUCUUAGUCUCACCUAAUUUUGCUUGUCUUCAUUUGUUCCAUAUAGUGCCAAAUUUAUUUCAUUUUAAAAGCAAGCAAGAGUGAGUCAAGGUAUACACCUGUUCUCUUACAGAACUUCAUAAACACAUUUUGGGCUUAAACAUACCCUAGUCCUCAUGAAAUAUAUUCAGUCCAAUUAAAUAUAUUCCAUCUUUCAAACACAAAAUGUCAAGCUUAGCACCCUCAUUAAUUUAUAGUACUAUUUUGCCCGGUGGUUUAAAAAAUGAUUAUGCCUUUUCAGUCCUCACUGUUAAAUAAAAUAAAAUCAUAGUAAGAAUGAUUAGCAAAAGAUAAAGCUAUUUAUAGCUAACUUCUAGGUUACUAGAAUAGCACUGAUAGUUAUACAGUAUCAAUGUUGACUUUGAACUUCUUAUGGAUUAAAAAGAUACAUGAUUUCUUUUCCUUAGUAGGACACAUCAGAUUUGACCCAGUUAUCUCCUAAAAGUUUUGUAAUAAUUUGAGUUAAAUGUUUGUCAUCUCGUAUUAAUUGCUUUUAUCUGGUCAAUAAAUCUUUCACAAACCCAA